CCUCACUAUAUUAUGAUGAACCUCCUUAUGUAUCAUAUCAUCAAGUUUCUUUUUGCUAUUUUUCCAGAACAAUGCAUCAAAGCCCUUAUAAGCAAAGGUCUCGGAUUGGCUAUAGUAGCUGGUUCUUGCAUGGUGAAAGUGCCUCAAAUACUGAAAAUAAUGCAGAACAAAAGUGCCGCGGGAGUUAGUUUCACAAGUGUCCUCUUCGACUUGUACGCCGUUGUGGCGGGCGUCGCAUAUGCCUAUGCUAAGCAGUUUCCAUUCAGUGCCUGGGGCGACGCUCUGUUCCUGCUGAUUCAGAGCACGAUAAUCACAGCUCUGGUGCUCGGAUACAACUUCUCGCCGUCUGCAGCCGCCUCGUUUGUGGUGGCCUUUUGCGGGGUGCUGGUGGGUCUCAUCGGGGGAUUCACCAGUCUCGACGUUCUCUGGUCCAUGCAGGCGGUUAGCGCGCCCAUCAUGUUUGUUGGCAAG